CCCGCGCACAUGAUGGUACGAUCCCAUUUUAACAUGGCGGCUCCCCUGUAUCUGCUUCGUCGAAUCCCAACCACGAUUCUCUUAAAUAAACGUGUCUUUCUCGACUUUCACCCCCAAAGUCUCAAAUGUUGACGGCACGUAUGUAGAUGUACUGCAAACGAGGACACGCCUUAUAUGUGUUCCUCUAAAAAUAUUUCACGGCACGAUGUCGCUUAUGCCACAAGUAUGGUAAAAACAGAGGACCUAUCGUCUAUGGCGGACAGUUGGAAAGAUGUGUUUGAGAGGGGACAUUUGAUUCCUCCGUCCGGGCAGAUGGUGCGCCAGGCUGUGGACGGCCACCUGACUUCAUCCCGCGGCGUCCAACUCACCCUCGGUCGGGUCACAGCGGCGCAUCUCCCCAAGGCGACCCCAGACGCUGAAUCAGAUGCUACCUACCAGCUGCGAGUGACAUUCUUUGACAGAAAUCACCAGUAUUUCUUUGGGAGAACAUGGAAGAGCAGCCCGCAGAAGAUGAAAAACAACAAGAUGACCCUCAAUGAGAUCCUGUACUUCCAUACAUCUCUGCGGUUGCCCAGCAACGUGCUGGUUUUGGAGCUGGUGGCAUUGUCAGCAAGGUCAGAUGGUUCGCAACAGGCCGUGGGGCAAGGCUUCACCGUUUUGGAUCUUUUCUCCAACAAGACAGAGCCUCAAGGGGACAGAAGACUGAAUCUACUUCAUGGAUCACCAAGAGUUCUUCUGCACCCACUGCUGAAGGAUGUCGUUGACUACAGCGAUCACCUGAAAGCUAUUGACGAAACACAUUUGGAAUGUGUGCUCAAAAGACACCCUGCACUGGCUUCCAUGAUGCACCUCCUUCCAGAGAAUGUCCUCGUGUCAGGGAAUGAAACCAUUCCUGGUCUGGCAGCUUCUCCAACAGGGGAUGCACUUUUAAAACCUCUGCUGCUCAAGAUGCUGCCCUUCACAUUGAGCAGACUGACAAUCUGCCUCCAGCCGUCCCUCGAGGCCUUCGACAGUCAGCUGUUGCAGCUCAUCAAUGCCGACUGCCAGAACACGCAACAGCCAAGCCAAGAGUGCUCCCUGAAGACGGUUGUCAUCCAGGAAAGAAGGCUUCAUGUAGGGGUCCACAAUGGCUGGUGUUUCAUUGAUACACCGCAGAUAACGGUGCUCGAGCCCCUAUCGGGGGUCAAAGGGCGAGUGGACAGCUCAGCGUCAUCAUCGGGACCCCAGACGCUUGGCCUCCGCAGCAACUUGGAACUCAGGCUGAUCAAUCAUCAAGCCAUAGCGGUUAUCUUCCAGCUGGAGUACGUCUUCUCUGCUCCAAUUGGCCGAGAGACAAUGCUGUCUGCCACAUCAGCAUCCCGGGCAGCCUUCCUGCAGUGCCUCCGUUGGGCAAUGUUGUGCCCAUUCCAGGAGCAGACAAACUGGAAGGGGGAAGAGACGCAGCUGGUUCUGCAAGGGGGUUCAAAGCCAAACCCUCUCAGUGUUAUGGUCUACAACUCAGCCGUAACUCAGAGCGCCGUGCCAAUCUCCACCUCUGACACAAUUCAGGAUGUGAUCAAAUUUCGCCUGUCCCCCAGUUCGGACAGAACGACAUCCAGUCCAAAGACAUCUCUGAGAACAAAACUGGACGAUGCAUCACGAAAGGGACGAUCAUCCGCGUCGCCCACUCAAAGUCAAAAUGACAUCCAAGCAGUUCCGUCUCCGGAAUCACCACGGGGCCCUAAGCUAUCACUGUCUCAACUGACAGCUACCUCACACUCCCCGACCGUCAGCCAUUCCAGCCCGAGGUUGCCGUGGCAACAGUCGCUUCCUUCCCUUCUCCAGCCUUCUCCGACGACGCCGACCCGCUGGCCGUCACAUGUUGCGAGAUCUCCUUCCCCGAAUGUUCACAGACACGCGCAAAAUACACAUACGGAGGCCUGCUCAGCUCUCAGCAGCACUCCACACCUUGAGAUGGACCUUCAGCCAGUAAGGGAUGGGAUGCAUUCAGCUAAACACGAGGAAGACCAACUUCGGGAGCUCCCGUUCACUCUUGUCCAUGCCCCUGUCAUCACGGCGGGCGUGACUGCACCAAGUUUGUCCACAGUCAGUUCCAGGAGUUCACUGGCCCACCUCUACUCUGCUGGCUUCCCCGAUAUCGUGGAUUCAAAAGGGCAGGUGGCAGAAGUCUUGGACCCCACAGAGCCGGUGCCCUUUGAUCCGCACCGUGAAGAAAUGGAUCCGUUACAGGAGAAUCUUCUGGUCUUCCAGUUUCUUGCAUUUACAAGAAUGCCAGCAGUGGGGAUUGGUCCCGAAUGGCCUGCCAACAUCUACUUCACCUUCCAGUUCUACCGUUUUCCACCAGUCACGUCACAGCAGCUUCGACUACUGAACAGCAACAAGGUGCAGCAGAAAACAAGCGAGCUGCUUCCUUGUGUUCUGACUUCCAUCAACAAUGACGGCUCUGUCAACUCUGAUUCUCCUGGGCUGCAGGUGCAGUUCAGAGUCGAUGACCGUUUUCUCAAGCCAGGGGAGAAGCAAUGGUUCCUGCGCUACCUGGCCCUUCACACCAUGCAUGUUGACAUCUGGGACAGUGACUCAUUGCUGCUCAUCGGUUCAACAGCCAUUGAGCUCAAGCACAUGUUGCGGCACGGUAAAAUGGCAGUGCAAGCACUCCAUGAGGUGGAGGUUCUGACAACCGACCAUAUGGGAGAGGAAAACUUGCAGACGGGCGACGCCUCCAACAACGCCAUGGCGGUCAACACCGUCGUCAGGGGUCGGCUGCAUGUCCGCACUGGGAACAUUGGGUCCCAAGCAGAUUUGAGUAGGAGAAGGACAGCAGACCGCAUGCAGUCUCAUUCUUACAUCAUCAUCCCCCGUGAAGUCACUGGCGGCUUCGCAGGGGGGAGCUUGUCCACCAGGAAUAUUCUCCAAAUUAAUGCAAAGAACACCGCACAGGCGCAGAGAUUGCAGGUACAAGAGAAACACCGGCCGGCGUACAGCUUUAGGCUCAACAACGCCACCAUCUUGUCAGGGGGAAAAAACAAGCCCGACAAUGGCCAUCGCAAGCUGGAGUGUAUGGCCGCUGUGCACCAAAAGGAAGCUUGUCAAACGACUUGUUUCACGGAUGGGGCUAAAGAAGUUCCUUUGACCAAAGAACCUUCCUGGGCCCCCUUCUUUCAAGAUCUGAACAAGGCUGAGGGGAUCAGCAACAUGCUUUGCCACGCCAUCACCACCUCGCAUCAACUCUUUGCCAGCCUCGGCUCUGCUGAGUACAUGGAAUUUGCGCUAAAAAACCCUUUCAACACUCCUCAGACAGUCACCAUCCACAGCAAUGAUCCUGAGCUCAGUGUCAUCACCAACACAAAAGAGUGGCAGUACUUUAAAGAACUGACCAAAACACCCACUUCGCUGGAGGAGGACAUGUUUCACGAGGAGGAAGGAGCUCCUGGGCCAAAGGUUUACCUGCGACCUAAGGAGACCGUUCAUAUCCCACUCAAAUACCAGAGCUUCCUGUGUGACCACAACAUGACUCCUCAGGGGCCGAGCUUUCUACCUCCAAGCAAAAGUUCGAAUGCGGCUAAGAAGAUUCCGUCCAAUAUCGUUCCUGCCAAAACCGUCAAGGUUUCUUUCAAAGCAGAAAACGGUGACCCCAUCGCCAUCUGCCAGGUGAUCGUGGAGCCAUCGCCUCACACUGUCAAUCAGACGUUCCGACUUUACCACCCGCAACUCAGUUUCCUCAAGAAGGCCAUCCGCUUGCCGCCCUGGCACACCCUCUCUGCCGUCGGAGGCACGGAUGCCGAGACUCACAUUUCUGUACGCUGCAGUGACCCAAACGUCAUCUGUCAGACCCGAAUGAUGGAGCCAGGAGAGCCUCAGGAUGUGUACUUGAAAGUACCCGGAGGUCCGAGUCCCAACAUCAAAAUGUUCUUUGUGAUGGUUUUCACUGAUAAGUGGAUGACCGCCCCUUCGCAGAUGUGGCAGGUUUACGUGCACUUUGUGGAGCGGGUGGAUGUCAGCUGUGUCACCGGCCAGCGGAGUUGUCAAUCACUGGUGCUGAGGGGGAGGCAGGCUGCUCGCAAGGUCAAAUGUUUCUCAUCACAUCCCCAGGAGAUUGAGGUCAACCCUGGAGGUGUUUUCCUAUUGCCCCCUGCAGGAGUGCAAGAGCUCCAACUGAAGGUGCAGCCAUGGCGGGCAGGCAGUCGCUUCCUGUACGUGAACGCGGUGGACGUGGACCAGAGGCAGUUAGUCACCGCUUGGCUACUGUGUCUCAACGUAAACAGGCCUGUGCUGUCCAAGGCGUUUGAAGUAUGUGUCCCAGUUAGCAGUGGUCGUGGCAACUCCAAAAAAAUCACCUACACCAACCCUUACACAAGCGGCCGCACCUUCCUUCUCCAUUCCGACCAUCCGGAUUUGCUCCAAUUCAAAGAGGAGAAAUUCCAGGUGAGCUUGAUGGGGGAGAAAGUUACACCAUCGGACUGCGCUUCGCCCCCAGCCAGAGUGCGGGUUCAGUGGAGAUCCUGGUCUACGUGAAUAACCUGGAGGAGAAGACGGAGGAGACGUUCUGCGUGAAGGUCAACUACUCAUGAAUCUGUGGCUGUCAAAUACGCGCUUUUGUUUUUCUACAGAAAUAUCCAAUUUUGUACUCGCUGUUAAGAGCCUUUUGUUUUCUAUUGUGUAUUUGUGCGGCUUGGCCUAUUAGUCGCUGUCUGAAUGGACAAGAGGCGGCUUUAUUUUUGUGCUAUUUUAACGAGCCUUCCCCAAAUAAAUCAAACGCUGACCAACACAACUUAA